AUGUCAGGAAGUGGAACUUACUUUCCCUUGGAGGAGAGGGAUGAUGCAAGCAAAAAGAGAAGGGUGGUGAGUCCGCAUCUUACUAAAGCUUUCAAGAUUGAAGAGAGGCAACAAUGUGAUGCCGAAGUUGCAAGAUUGUUUUACACUAGUGGAUUACCGUUCAAUGUUGCAAGAAAUCCUUAUUACCAAGGCUCUUACCUUCGUGCUUCACACAUUCCAGGUUAUACUCCCCCGAGGUACAAUGCAUUGAGGACCACUCUUCUUGAUGAUGAGAGGCGCCACAUUGAACGGGUGCUUCAACCUGUUAAGAAGACGUGGAAGGAGACCGGUGUGAGCUUGUGUUCCGAUGGGUGGACCGAUGAUCAAUGGAGGCCAUUGAUCAAUAUGAUGGCUGCUUCCACCAAUGGGGAUAUUAUGUUAAAGGCAAUAAAUUGUGAAGGCCAAUAUAAAGACAAGCAUGAAAUUAGUAGAUUGCUUUUGGAAUCCAUCAAUGAGAUAUGUGCCGAACAUGUGGUUCAAGUGGUGACUGAUAAUGCCCCUGUGUGCGCUGCUGCCGGUGCAAUAGUUGAGACUACACAUCCACAUAUAUUUUGGACACCGUGUGUGGUUCAUACUCUCAAUCUUGUUUUGAAGGAUAUAUUGAAGGCAAAGUCACAUGACCCGGGUGAGAGUGUAGAGAAAGAGUUGGGGUGGCUUACUGAAAGUGUUGUCAAUGAUGUGUGGUUUGUCAAGAACUUUAUCAUGAACCAUGGCAUGCAUUUGUCUAUGUAUAAUGAUCAUUGUGCCUUGAAGUUGCUCACUAUUGCGGAGACAAGAUUUGCCUCUCAUUUUGUGAUGCUUAAAAGGUUUAAAGAGGUGAAGAGUGGCUUGCAAGCUAUGGUUAUUAGUCUAAGAUGGGACAUGUAUAAGGAAGACGAUGUCAAUAAGGCAAAAGCGGUGAAGAAGAUGCUUAUUGAAGAAAGGCUAUGGGACCAAAUUGAUUUCAUAGUUGCAUUCAUGGGUCCUAUAUAUGAGAUGAUAAGGAUGACGGAUUUGGAUAGACCUUGUCUUCACUUGGUUUAUGAGUGGUGGGAUGUGAUGAUUGAGAAAGUGAGGAAUGCAAUUUAUAAGCCGGAAUUUGCAAGUGUCUUAGCGGAGAAGGAUGUAGAGGUAGAUCGAUUCUAUGAUGUGGUGUACUCCAUCUUAAUACAUAGGUGGACUAGGAGUUCUACCUCUCUUUAUUGCUUAGCACACUGA